AUGGCUCGUUCGGCAGACGAGCCAGAAACCGAAUCUACGCCUCGUGCCAUGCUAGACCAAAACGACCUGGCCUCGCUUUCGUCGCUGGGGUUCCACAAUGCCACCACUUUCCCGCCAUUGGCCCACGGCGGCUAUGGCACCAAAACGGCCACCGGGAACCUGCGCAUCUUCAAUUGCAAACACUGCCAGCGGGCCUUCACCCGUGAAGAGCACCUCACCAGACACAUUCUACUGACUCACAACAAGCUCAAGCCCUACAUCUGCGGCAUCUGCCUGCGCCCGUUCUCUAGACGGGACUUGCUACUACGGCACGCCAAAAACCUCCACCAAGGUUCGGAGGUGGCGGUUCUGCGGAUCCGCAAGUCGUGCAAAAAGGCGCCCGAGGAGGACGACGAUAAGGACAAGGACGACCAGCGGAUGAAGAUGUCUGUCAAUAUGUUGGUAUCAUGA